AUGGCUGUCGAAUCUAAAUAUGAGCCUAAGGAUAUGGUCUUCCGCCACCUCGGGCCAACCGGCCUCAAGGUCUCAAUUUUGUCUCUUGGUGGCUGGCUUACCUACGGUGGCACACAGAAGGGAAACAUAGUGAAGGAGUGCUUGCAAGCUGCCUGGGAUCAUGGCGUCAAUACUUUUGAUACCGCUGAGGUCUACGCCAACGGCCAGUCCGAGCUCGAAAUGGGCAGUGCCCUCAAAGAACUCGCCUGGCCCCGCGACGAAUAUGUUCUCAUCACCAAAGUGUUCUUUGGCACCGGCCGCAAGGAACCCAAUACCCGCGGUCUCUCCAAGAAACAUGUCGUCGAAGGGUUAAAGAGCUCGCUGGCAAGGCUACAGCAGCCAUACGUUGACGUGGUGUUUGCGCACAGGCCUGAUUAUGCUACACCUAUGAAGGAGAUCGUGGAGGGCUUUACACAGGCUAUCAGGAACCUGAACCUGGCAUACUAUUGGGGCACGAGCGAGUGGUCUGCUGUGCAGAUCAUGGAGGCCACGCAGAUUGCGGAGAAAUUCAACCUCAUUGCUCCUAUCGCUGAGCAGCCGCAGUACAACGCUUUCCACCGCGAGCGCUUCGAGGUCGAAUAUGCCCCGCUGUUCGACCAGUUCAAGUACGGCACUACGAUCUGGUCACCGCUGGCUAGUGGACUGUUGACGGGCAAAUAUAAUGAUGGCAUCCCAGAAGGUUCUCGCUUCCACAACCACAAGGACUUCUUUGACAGCAAAAUCAAACAGCUGGAAUCUCCCGAGGGCAAAGCACAGAUUGAAAAGGUCAAAAAAUUAACCACAGUCGCUGAGAAGCUGGGAGGCUCUGCAUCGCAGCUUGCGCUCGCUUGGGCGGCGAAGAACGAGAAUGUCAGCACGGUUAUCUUGGGCGCCACGAAGCCGGAGCAGAUCGUCGAUAAUUGCAAGGCGCUGAGUGUGUUGGCGAAGCUGACGCCCGAGUACAUGGAGGAGAUUGAACAGAUCUUAGAAAAUAAACCCGCAGGGCCGAGCAAGUUUGGGCGCGAGAGGUAG